AUGUCCGCUCCAACACCCGACCACCUGCACAACCACAACACCAACGAAGACUCCGACAUCGACCCCCUCGCCACCUUCCUGGCCAAUCACACACCGACCACCCCAAAACUCUCCACAACCAGCACCAGCAAACCGCAACGCAAACACCAAGUCCGCCCCAAACCAACCCUCUACUACCAAACAAACGCCACGCACAAACUGCGUGCCCUCGACAAACUCUCCCCAGAUCAGAAACCUGCAGGCCUGCAAAGCCUGAUAGUCGAUAUUCGCUCCCUGAUCGCGCAAAGCUGGAAAGUGCUGGAAGUGUACUACGAGCCUGAGUACACGCACCGCGCCGCCCACGACGCGAACGAGGUCCAAUUGGAGAAGGUGAUGACGGGCGUUAGCAUGCUAGUGCGGAGCAAGUGGGAAGUCGUCUGGCAUCUCACAAACAUGGCCUCGCAAUACGCCGACUACUGUCAAGAAGCAAAAGACGACGGGGUGGACAUCGUAACGGAGAAAGCAGAUGAGGUUUUGCUGGGCUUUACGCGGGAUGUUCUCGCUGCCGGAGGGGCGGCGGGGGUGGGCAUUCGCGGGGCGAAAGUGGCUGUUGUGAGGGAUUGGGAGGUGGAGGGGGUGAGGUUUUUACUGGAAGCGGAGGAUUUGGGGACGGAGGAGACCGUUGCCAAGAAGCCCGAUGGUGAGGAGGAUAGUGGGGAUGAGGUGUCGGAGAGCUCUUCGAGCGAGGAGGAGGAUGAGCCCGAUGUGCAGGUGGUGGAUCCUGUGUUUCGUCUCUAG